GGGAUAUUUGAUUUCCAUCGGCCAAUUGUCCGAUGGGAAUUUUACGGAUGCAUCCGAAACAGCUUAGUUUCCGCGGAACAGAUCCGAUCCGAUUGUAAUUAUUAAGCUCAUCAAUCCGCCAAGUUCUUAAGGCAACGGCUCGAAGCUUAAAGCCGAUAUGAAGUCAAUCGUAUUCCUUCGUAUUCGUUAUCCCCUACGGAGAUUAACAUUCCCAUUCUUCGACUUAUACGCGUAUAUACGAAGGUUUGGUGGGAUUUUCGGAGUUGCUCCGAAGAAGUUUUCACGGGGAUAUGGAUGUUGAUUACUGAUGCGAUAUGUACCCAAGUACAGGAGUUCCGGAGUGAAGGGUUUACUGACGUCAGUGGGGUGCUACAGCGGGGUUAAGCACGCCACACCCCGCUCUUUUAUAGGGGAGCAUGCUAAAGACAGGGCUUACGUAGUGUUGAUUGAUCAUAAGAAAUAAAAAGGUCAAGGGGUCUUGUUCUGGUAUAUAAGCUGCUUGCACUCGAAUCUUGAACCACGCUCAUCAUUAUAACACCAACAACUCCAGUAAUAGCAGAAAGGAAAGGGACACAAUGGCACCUAAAGUUCUAGUCGUCUUAACCUCCUACAGCUUCAUCGAAAGCGCCAACGCGCCAACUGGUUGGUACCUACCCGAAUUCGCCCACCCAUACGAUGUCUUAGCAGAGAAAGGCAUCGAAAUCAUAACCGCUUCACCCAAAGGCGGUGUCGCGCCGCUAGACCCAGGCUCUGUAGAGCGAUUCAAGGAAGACCCCUCCUCGGUCAACUUCAAAGCCACAAAAUCCGCUUUAUGGGAGAACACAGCACCAAUCUCCUCAUUCCUAGGCAAAUCCAGCGAAUACGCAGCACUAUUCUACCCAGGCGGUCACGGUCCCAUGUUCGAUCUAGUCUCAGACAAAGACUCCAUCGCACUAAUCGCCGAGUUCGUCUCCGCUGGCAAGCCCGUCGCCGCGGUAUGCCAUGGACCGAUUGUAUUCGCGAAUGUGAAGCGUGCGGAUGGGAAGGGAUUGCUGGAGGGUAAGGAAGCUACGGGGUUUACGAAUGAGGAGGAGGAGUUGGCGGCUAUGACUAAGCAUAUGCCGUUUUUGCUCGAGGAUAAGUUACGUGAGGUUGGGGCUGUGUUUAGGAAGGCGGAGAAACCGUAUGAUGCUUUUGUGCUGGUGCAGGAUGGGGGCAAAUUGAUUACCGGGCAGAAUCCGGCUAGUGCUAAGGGGGUGGGUGAGGAGAUUGUCAAGGCUAUUGGGGUUUAGGGGGUUAAAGAGUGGUUGCUGUCUUGAUUUGCGCGAGAAUGUCAUCACAGGAUUGGUUGUGUAGGAGUAAUGAUUGAAUGGAUAAAUGCCGACUACUUAACCUAUGAU